GAAACGCGACUUCUUUCCUUAUACCUUCACCUCCACAUUGAAACUUUUGCCAUUCCUGCUCACCACAUACCAUUCGUCAUGUCAAAGCGAGGAGCAUUCAUCGCGAUUGAGGGACUUGACAGGUCUGGAAAAAGCACACAAGCAUCCGCGUUAAUCAAACGGCUCGAAGCUGCAAAUGUUCCCUGCAAACACAUCAAGUUUCCUGAUCGCACAACACCCAUAGGCAAGAUGAUCGAUUCCUAUUUGCAGUCGAAGACAGAAUUGGACGACCAUGUUAUCCAUCUAUUGUUCUCUGCGAAUAGAUGGGAGCUUGCGUCUUCUAUAGUAAAAGCGUUGGAGGAAGGCACGACUGUUGUCUGCGAUCGUUACGCGUUCUCUGGCAUCGCGUUCUCAGCCGCCAAAGUCCUGCCACGCGAAACCACUUCGAAAGAUGGCGAUUCAACUAUACCCAUACCUACACACGUCCUCUCGUAUGAAUGGUGUCGAGCUCCGGAGAUCUCUCUCCCAGCCCCCGAUCUCACAUUCCUCCUCGAAGUUUCGCCUGAGAAGGCCGAGUCCCGUGGAGGGUAUGGCGAAGAGAGGUAUGAGAACAAAGAGGUACAAGAACAUGUAAGACAGGUCUUUGAUAGGAUCGGAGAGGAGAUCGAAAGUUCUGGAGUGGGUAAGUGGGUCGUGUUGGAUGCCGAUUUGGACAAGGAUGAGGUUGAACAAAGUGUGUGGGAUGAGGUAAAGCCGUUUAUUGAGCAUAUGGGAGUUAGUGGGCCCGUGAGGAAGUUGUGGGAUAAGACACGGGAAGCUGCAAUGGUGGAUGCUCUGUACAUUUAAUAUUUUUAUUACACCCAUGUACGCGGAGUCGAUACUAGGACGCCGACGCGUCAAAUGUCUCUGCAAGAGUGAAUAUAUCAUGUCAUACAGCACAAGCAUUCACAG